AAUCAAAUAGUAGCAAUUAAAAGAAGUGAGUCAUUUUCAGCCAUCCGUGUCAGCAUUUACAUAAAACAAAGAGAUGAGUGGACCGCAACUCCACCCAACGUAAGAGAUUUUCUGACUGAUCAUGAUGCAUCGUAUAUUCAAACAAUAUUUAUUUUGAUAGUGCUUCAACACGUCAAAUAAUCCAAUGUCGUAUAGUGUUAGUGCUAACCGUUUUAAUCAAUGUCUUAAAUAUUCCACUUAAUUUCUUUCAAUCCAUACCACACAAGAAGAAGAAGAAGCGUAUCGUCAAAGACUUGUUCACACUCCACAUACAUAUUACAGAUAUAUAAUAAUACACCUCGAGAAUAUCAAAAUUUGUAGUAUCUUUAAAUAUAUAACAUCAAGCGGUGGUUUAUGUUUCAUUGGUGAAGCAUGAUAAAGAAAGAUUCACAUGACCAAGUCCCAUAUUAAUUGUACUAGUAGCUGAUACUUGAAGUGGUUGGUGAGAUUCCUCUCGUAAUUUUCAGAUUCACCCUUAGCCAUAGUCUUUUGUCCCAUUCUUAUAAGUCUCUGACAAUUUAUAUUCACAUGAGAACUUUCAUCUUGUGUAUUAUUUAACACUCUCUCAAAAUAAUUUGCACACAAACUCAUCACUGAUUGAGAGAGUAAGUAAAUAAUAUAUAUCCAUGGAUGCUAGAAACUUGUUGCGGUUCCUGGUUUUUUCAUUUGGUUUAACACUAGUUUUCCUUGUUACCUGGUUUCACCUUCCAUCAUCACUGACUAACAAGGAAACUCUAAACUGCAACAUUUACUCUGGAUGGUGCACAUCAAAGAACCGUUUCCAAUCUUCCAAUCCAAUCAACAAACCAACAGCAUCCACUCUCCGAAACCAAAAACCGCGACACGAAUCCGAUGUUCCUCACCACCCUCUAGACCCUUUGACCAUCCAAGAAUUCAACGAGGUUCGCGCCGUCCUCUCUACACACCCUCUCUUUAAGUACUCAAACAGCUACACUUUCAAUUCCAUUGUCCUAGAAGAACCAGAUAAAGAACUUGUCCUUAAAUGGAAAAAGGGUCAACCUUUGCUUCCUAGGAAAGCUUCUGUGGUUGCACGUGUAAAAUGUGUCACUCACACUCUAACAGUUGACCUUAGCACAAGUCAAGUAACUAACCAUGAAACAAGGUCACCUUCUUCUGGAUACCCUACCAUGACUAUUGAAGAAAUGACUAGUGUACUCGAUGUUCCGUUCAAGAGCGAUGAAUUCAACCGCACGAUCAAUAAUCGUGGUGUAAAUUUAGCAGACCUUGCUUGCCUUCCGAUCUCUUCAGGGUGGUAUGGAACACCGGUUGAAGAGAAUAGAAGGUUGAUUAAGGUGCAGUGUUAUUCAAGAAAAGGAACUGUCAACUUCUACAUGAAACCAAUAGAAGGUUUAACUGUGUUGGUUGAUAUGGAUAAGAAAGAAGUUGUCUCCAUUACAGAUAAUGGACUAAACAUUCCUGUUGCCAAUGGCAUCGACACUGAUUACCGUUACUCGGUUCAAAAACUCAAUGGAGAGUUGAACCUGAUAAAUCCAAUAUCAUUGGAACAACCAAAAGGUCCAAGUUUUACAGUUGAUGGACAUUUGGUAAAAUGGGCUAAUUGGGAAUUUCAUCUAAAACCUGACCCUAGAGCUGGAACCAUCAUUUCUCGAGCCAAGGUGAGAGAUCCAGAUACAUUGGAAUUCAGAAAUGUGAUCUACAAAGGGUUCACUUCUGAACUAUUUGUGCCUUAUAUGGAUCCAACUGAUGGAUGGUAUUUUAAGACAUACAUGGAUGCCGGUGAAUAUGGAUUUGGAUUGCAAGCAAUGCCUUUAGACCCUUUGAAUGAUUGUCCAAGGAAUGCUUACUAUAUGGAUGGAGUAUUUGCUUCUGCUGAUGGAACACCAUUUAUUCAACCGAACAUGAUUUGCAUUUUUGAGAGUUAUGCUGGUGACAUUGCUUGGCGACACGCCGAGUGUCCAAUCACUGACUUGAAGGUUACAGAAGUGAGGCCAAAGGUAACACUGGUAGUUAGAAUGGCAGCAGCAGUGGCAAACUAUGACUAUAUCAUGGAUUGGGAAUUUCAAACAGAUGGUCUAAUCAGAUCCAAGGUUGGACUAAGUGGUAUACUGAUGGUGAAAGGAACAACCUAUGAGAACAUGAACCAAGUACCAGACGAAGAAUAUCUCUACGGAACACUUUUGAGCGAAAACAUUAUCGGUGUAAUCCAUGACCAUUUCAUCACAUAUUACCUUGACAUGGACAUUGAUGGAUCAGACAAUUCAUUUGUGAAAGUAAAUAUAAAAAAGCAACAAACCUCACCAGGAGAGUCACCAAGAAAGAGCUACCUGAAAGCUGUUAGAAAAGUGGCUAAGACAGAAAAAGAGGCUCAAAUAAAGCUUAAACUCUAUGAUCCAUCUGAAUUUCAUGUUGUGAACCCUUUGAAGAAAACAAGGGUAGGGAACCCUGUUGGUUAUAAAUUGGUUCCUGGUGCUACAGCAGCUAGUUUACUUGAUCAUGAUGAUCCACCACAAAAGAGAGCAGCUUUUACAAAUAAUCAAAUAUGGGUCACUCCUUAUAACAAGAGUGAGCAAUGGGCUGGUGGUUUACUUGUUUACCAGAGCCAAGGCGAUGAUACUCUACAAGUUUGGUCCGACAGGGAUAGUCCAAUUGAGAAUAAGGACAUUGUAUUGUGGUACACAGUAGGAUUUCAUCAUGUACCAUGCCAAGAGGACUACCCAAUUAUGCCUACUGUAUCUUCAAGUUUUGAUCUGAAGCCUGUCAAUUUCUUUGAAAGAAAUCCAAUCCUAAGAAUGCCACCCAAUUUCAAAGAAGAUUUACCUGUUUGCAAGGCACAAGAUUCAGCUUGAGAUUUUCUAUCUCUUGAUUUUAGUCUAUCUAUGUAUGAAUGAUGCCCAAACACAUAGCUCUAAAUAAUUAGUAACAACUUGUAUUGUAAAAUGUGUUUAUGUGUUUUGUAAAUGCCAAAUAAGCAAAUGAGGAGUUGGUAUAAUGGAAGUAGGGUUGGGCACAACUGACCGGCUCGUUUGAUACCGACUGACCUGUAUGUCCCAUAAGCGGGUUAAAUCGGGUGUCAGGUCCUUGGGGUGGCUAAAGAAGUUUAGGGCGGAUUGCAUCGAUUCGGGUGGUUCAUUUGGGCGCGUCAGUGCUUGAACCUGAAAGCACUUUUGCUUUUUCUUUUUAGGAUAGUAUUUGCUAUAUGUAGUUUCUUAAAAAAAUAAAAAAAUAAAUAAAGUACUAUGUAGUUUGUUGAGA